AUGGCCUUGCUCACAAGGCGAUUGCGUUGCUUCUACUGUGGUCAGCGAUCUGCAUCAAAGAAAUCAACAAGCGUGCGAGAAUGGUGCUGCGAGCAUUGCGAAGCUGUGAACUAUCUAGAUGAGAAUGGCGAAAUUACAGAUCCCCCGACCACAGUAACGGACAACCCCGCCAUUCCAAACGACACUCAGUCUCCGUUCGAGUCCGCAGGGUUCGACCAAACAGGCCUCUUUUGCAGCAAAUGCGUUCGAAAUCAGCAUCUGCUCAUGAAGGCGCUUGGCUCCUAUCUUCCGGACUCUGAUGACCCUACCUACCCGAUAUAUGAACAACAAUAUCCCCAAUAUCGCCGCAAGAUGGAAGAAACCUAUCCGCAAGUAUGCGAAAACUGCGAACAGAAAGUGAACCGUCGCAUUCGGCAGACGGGUUACGAGGCCAAGGCUGAUCAUUUGCGGAGGACGAUGGAGCGGAGCAAGAUGAGCCGCGCGGUACAAAAGGCUCGAAGACGAAAUUGGCGGAGUAUUCUUGUUGUGGCGGGUGCGUUGGGGUAUUGGAUGAGUGUUGUUGGUCAAUUGGUAUCGGAUCUGAUAGGAGCGUGCGGCCUGCUGGAUAAGAUUGCUGGACAACACUGGCCAUUGGAAUCGAAGAACUUAUCAUUUAUAAGCGAUGCUGUUUCAUAUAUUGGCUAUUCGUCCGAGGACCUUGCCGGCAUUGCGUUGCUAUUGGGCGCGCUUUCUAUAUGGUGGAAUCCCAAGAUUCAUCACAAAGUGGAGGGAUUAAGCGGUCGUAUACUGGGGCUGAAUCAAUACUACGAGUGCCAGUUGAUUGUCAUGGUGGCCAGAUUCGCGGUUUGGGCGUGGUUGAAGGAUACAAGUCGCAUGGAGCCCUCUUUCCCUGCAGCUGUGCAUGCAAUAAUGAUAUUAUUUAUGAGCGUGGCAACGGUUUUCUCUCAGAGAUUGGUCCAUUAUGACACGCGACCUCUUGUUCUGUGGUCAAAUUUGACUCCUGUGGCCUCCCCGAGACAGCAAAAAAUUGUACCACAGUCGGUACCGACGACCAAGGCGCAAGGGGUUCCCUUUCAACAAGACAUGUUUCAACGCUUCCCUCUAGAGAAGUUAAGCAUGCCACGAGAGAGCCCCAAACCGAACACACAGAUGGCUACACCCCCUCUAGAACCCGAAGACUCGAUGGAUUGGACACCAUCUGUCGCUCAAGAGAUCCGUCCUAUGUUUGUUACCUCGAAGCCUGAGGCGACUCCCCAGGUUGUCUCACACAAGUCGAUAUUUCAAGGCGCUCUCCCUGCAGCACCACGACCUCCCGCAUGGCAGCUCCGAAACCCAAUAAACCAGAAACCUUCAACACCAGUGCCAGUGAGCAACGUCUUUCAAACAUCUAGAACUUCUCAGCAGAGCCUCCUGGAUAACGAGCAAAAUAAUAUUCCACGCACAUCUGAUGUGUUCUUUGCACCUCCAAAGUUCUUCGCCCCAUCAGAUUAUCAUGCCACUACUGGUUUGGAAAGUCUUUUUGAUCAGACAUUCACAAUCAAGUCUCCCGAGGACGAUAUAGACGAGAACGCCGAAUUGCAGUCAAAAGUCGAGGAUACCCGCAAGGAAAUUCUCCAGGAACAUGCACUGGUAUACUCCUCGAUACGACUGCUACUUCUUUUUCUUAGCAUACUCGCAUGGUCAAUUGAUUGGCUAAGACUGGUCCCAAUCCCUCAUGAUGCUGUCUUGAUGGGCACUUUGAUCUUGAAUAUCCUAUUUACAGGUUUCGGUCUAUUGGCUUCAUUAAACCAACCACUGAUAGUCAUUCAGAGGGUCGUUUACUCUCUGAUCAAAUUUGUGGCUACUCUCGUUCUCGCUCUCUGUCUAAGCUACAACUUUUCCAGCACUUUCUCUCAAAGUGGAAAUCUGGAAUUGUGCGUCAAGUCCUUAACGGCUUUGUUGGCUAUUGAAGAAUCCCUGAUUUUGUUCUCAGCUGUGCCGAAGACCCAAGCUCAAAAACAGAAGACCAAGAAAGAGCCAGAGGCUACCGCACAACCUUCGAUACAACAUACGGCUGAGAUUCAAACCAACCCUCAAAACCAAUAUUCAUCUCCACCACCAGCUUCACCCACACUAUCGUACAUAUCAAACCAACCGACGAGUGUAUAUUCACAGGCCUCUUUGUCACAAUCUCAACAUUCUUAUAAUUACGGUCUUUACCAGAGGGACAUGCGCCGCAAUCCGUUCCUAGAUGAUGGCUCGGACGCCUCGGAAAUAUCAGGCGGAGAUUCUGACGCCGAAACGACCAUCAGUUCUUACACCAACAAAUCGAUCCGAAACAGGAAUCCAUUUGAGAACGAUGACAGAAAUUAUCUGGCACCACGAGCUCCAGGCUUAGGCUCUGGGCUGCAAGGAUUGAGCCUCGACGAUAGUCCCAUCUCAAAGCGAGUAACUCGCAGCCAAACUACACGGACAGGCAUGGGAUCUGAACCAGUUCGUUAUUCUCGGCGACUCAGGUGA